UUCACUGGUCACGCAGGCAGAAUCUACAAAUACAAACACAAGUCCGCGACCCUGCUACCAUAUUUCCACCUUCUCCGGCAUCAGCUGAAACACACCCAUAUAAACAACACAUCUUCUCUACUUCUCCCCUCCUCAGCUUUCAGUCACCUGGCCGUCCAUAUAUCAUCCACCUCUCCCCCCUUCUCGAAUCUCAAAACCAACCAUUGUUCUCGCUAUACCUCCUGUCCCCAUCAUCCCUCCCUGCUGCGUCUCUCCUCCAAGCUCGAGUUGAAGUCAUGUCGGAUUUCUCCACAAUGGAUUCACCCAUGGUCGAACUCCUGUCUGCGCUGUCCUCCUACCCAGUGCACCGCGCUCUCCUGGCUUCACGAUCAAGCUUCUUCGACGGAGCCUGCCGAAACCCCUUCCAAGAGGCCCAGACGGGCAUCAUCGACCUCAGCGAAGACGACCCCGAAGCGGUCGAGUACAUGGUCAACUAUUUUUACCAUCUCGACUACCUAACUAGCAAACCCUUAUCGCGUCGGUCGUCGCAGCGAUCUGCCCGGUCUGGUUCAUUGACGUCGCCGCACAGUACGCGUCGCUCGACGCCAAAGAAGCUCAGUCUGGCCAUGAUUGAAGAUCCGCUCAUUGCCAUGAUGGGGUCCGCAGUCGGUACGUCAGACCCUCUGACACCCCCGGCGGAUCAGCACGCCGAAAGUACCGACUUCUUCCACAUGGAUGCCUCCAAGAUGCCCGAUUCCCCCAUGGCGGAUCAGCUCGCGGAAGACCCAUUCGAUCUGGCCCCAACCAAGCCCGAGGUGGACGCGGAGAAGCCCCAUCUCAUCACACACGCCAAAGUCUAUGCGAUAGCCGAGAAAUAUGGUGUCACAGGGCUGAAAUCACUGGCCCAGAAGAAGUUCGCCCAGCAAAUCGAGCUUCACCUUGACAGCGACGAGUUGCCCGAAGCAUGCCAGGAAGCCUACGAAUCCACCGUUGACACGGACCGAGGCCUGCGUAACAUCGUCAUCCAGGCCUUCCGCACCAACCCCGCCCUCUCCCUCCGCAAGGAUGUCGAGAUGGCGGUGAGAGAAACCCCCGGGCUGGCCUUUGAGCUGUUCAGAAUGGCCAGCGGCCUACCUGUCACUUCGUUGGCAUGA